GACUUGUGACCAUGUUGAGGACUCCACACACUGGCUUCCGAUUGAACCCUUGACUUCCACUGUCCAGGGAGUGACAAUGUUCAGGCACAGGACACCCAAAGGGCGUUAUGAGUGCACAGUGUCUGGGCUCCGCUGGGUGUGUGACGGAGAUGUCAUUCUGAAGUAUCACUUCAGGAACUGGGAACCCUACAGUCAACUUCUGAAAGACAUGCAGUACGGACAAGGUGGUCCAUUGCUGGACAUCACUAUGGAGUUAGGUGAACUGGAGGAAGUUCAUCUGCCACACUUUGUCUGUUUAGGGACCAACCCUUCCCUGAGGAAUGAGAUGAAGAUUUUUCAUGUAGAGGAACAUGGAGUGUCUGUUGAGGAAGUGCAUGAGGUCACCAGAUUCCAUGCCAAAAUUCUCCAUCCCAAGUUCUCAGUUAUCUCUGUUAUACUGAGCUAUAUCUUUUCGUGGAACAUAGAUGUCCACUGUGAGCUGAUGCUCUAUCUGACAGUGAAAAAGCAAACACUAAUUCCACGCCUAUACCUGUUCCCCAGUAACCCCAGCCAAAUACAGGCUGUGGAACAACAGGAAAAGUCUCAAGGGUCUUCAAGGGUUCUCAUCUCAAGACCAGAGCAGGCCUUCAAACUGAAUAGUUUCUUCAGACUGAACAUUCCCUGUUCUACCGCCAUCAAUCCACAGAAGAUUCAUCUCAUACAUAGAGACUCCACACCAAGCUUUUUCAAGGCGGUUUUGAAAAUGACAGGGGUUGACAUUGAGAUGGAGUUAUUGGGUGAUGAUGAGAGGAUUGCAUGGAAAGAAGUGGUAUCACAAGAUGAAUACAUCACUGCCACCCAUUCAACAACAUUAACAGUCCCUGACAUUCCUGCUGAGGAGUUUCUGAAGAAACACUGGGCUAAACUCAUUCAGCGAACCAAAAACUCAAUGCCAAUAGCAGAUGAUCUGUGGUCAAAGAACAUGAUUGGUGAAGAAGAGCACUCCAGAAUAACAGCUGAAACAACUGAACAGGACCGAAUGAGAAAACUACUGAAAGCAGUCAUCCCCAAAGGACCAGAAGUGACGGGAGCUUGUCUCAAAGCUCUCGUUGAACAUGAAAACCAUCUUGUUAGGGACUUGAGUGAAUCUAGAACCUGAUCUGAAGAUGCUGAGGCCUGUCUCCUAGUCUGUGGACUAAGACACUUCUUCACCUAAUCUGAAGACGCUGAGGCCUGUCUCCUA